AAGAGUUGCACGUGAUUUCCGGUACUGACCAUUUGUAUAAAUGUCCAGCAGAAUUAUGCUUCAAAUGCAGUUCGUGUCAGCAACGAAAGGAUUUACAUAAAAACCAACAAUGAGAGGAUUUAUCGGAAUACUAGCUGUGGCUUACCUGUUCCACCAUGCAGAUGCAGCAGUAGUCUUCACUGGUCCUUCGAUCGGAGGCACUACACCAGAUUUUACUGGCGCAGCCAGUAUAGCAGAAACGAGUACUGCAGGGGAUGUUCUUUUCUCCUUUACUUCAACGGAUGAGGGAUCUGCGACGUAUGCCUUUGCUGCAGACGGAAACCCAGGAUCUGUGGCUGUAAUAGAUGCAAAAAACGUCAAGCUGGCGACAUCGAAAUCUAUCGACUUCGAAACAACUACAUCACUCGUGUUUAAGAUCACAGGAACUGAAGGUGGUGCUGCUGUGACACUGACGGUCACGCUGACCAUUACUAACAGGCUGGAGUUUGCAAAAACAAGUUACGAAGUUUGCGUGGCAGAAGGCACUGUAGCAGCAACUGUUGUUGGAACAUACAAAGUAGCCGAUGCUAAAGGAACAGAUACAGUAGCCUACGCUAAUGCUCCUGCCACUUAUCUGAGUGUUGGCCCCUCAACGGGUGAGCUCACGGUUGCAACGGGCCAGACACUGACAAGCGCUACAACUGGCGGAUACACCACAACGAUCACUGCAACUGCUACUGGAACCGGUGCAUCGGCUGUCGGUACAACCAGUGUGAAGGUCACGGUCGGAGGAUGUAGCGGAGCUGGACAAAUCCAGUUCAUGGCUAUUUUGCUGCUGAUCCCACUGCUGAUCACACGUUUAUUCUAAUUUCUCAACGAAUGGGCACGCAAUACGUGGACUAUCGAUCGUUAUUCCGUAUAUCGACAAUGAAAAUAAAGUAUUCUAAGUUGUGUUAAAUUUAUAUAUAUUCACAUAACAUUAUAUGCAUUGAUUCUUAAAACACAGACAUUAUAUUUUACACUGUUUAGACAAAGGAGCUCAAAUUCAAUAAGAAAUUUAAUAUGUUAAACAUAUACAUCGUACACAUAGUACAUGCAUAGGCGUUCAAAAAAUACCUUUUUAUUUGUGUGUGCAUAGAAUAGAUAUGUACAUUCAUGAAUCGUCCCUCAAUGAAAUACCUUUGGGUACUCGAUAAUUUGGGAUAAUGAAACUUGUUUGUACCUAAAUACGUUUGUUAUACUUUUUGAAAUAAAGUUUUUCUUAAA